AUGUCUUCAAAACCUCACGGAGAUAGUUUCGUAGUAAAAAAUUAUCGACUGGCUGUUGUUGGUGGUGGGGCCGUUGGUAAAAGUACCCUAACUAUCCAGUUUAUUCAGUCGUGUUUCGUUACUGACUAUGAUCCAACCAUUGAAGAUUCCUACACAAAGCAGUGUAUCAUUGAUGGCAUUGCUUCCAAACUUGACAUUCUUGACACAGCUGGCCAAGAAGACUUCCAUGCAAUGAAGGAACAGUACAUGAGAACAGCCGAAGGAUUUUUGCUUGUCUUUUCUGUUACUGAUCAAAAUAGUUUUGCAGAAACGAGCAACUUUUAUAUGCAGAUCUUGAGAGUGAAAGACAGGGAAGAGUUCCCCAUCAUAUUGGUUGGCAACAAAGCUGAUUUAGAGAGCAGAAGACAGGUAACGUCUGAAGAGGGCCUGCAGCUUGGCCGGCAUCUUGGCAUUCCAUACAUCGAGACAAGUGCAAAAAAUCGAAUGAACAUCGAUGCAGUCUUCCAUGAAUUAGUACGCAUGAUUAGAAAGUUUCAAGAAGCCGAGAGGACACCAUGCAAACAGAAAAAAACGCAAAGAAGAAGCAACUGCUCCAUCUUUUGA